GCGCCGCGGGCUGCGCUCAGCUAGAGCCCGGAUCGCGAGGCGGCGCCCAUUGCCCCGCACAGCCCGAGCCCUUCGACCCCGCAGAGCCCCGGCGCCCCAGGCUGCAGCCCCGAGCCGCUCUCCGACCCCCAGCCUCGCCACCAUGAGCGUCCUGCUGGCGUCCCUGCUCCUCUGCGCGCUAGUAGUGAGCGACUCCGAAGGCAGCCGUGGAAUUGGAGCCUCAGAUGCAGAAAACUGUGGCUGUCUGAACGGAGGUAUAUGUGUGUCCUACAAGUACUUCUCCAGCAUGCGGCGGUGCAGCUGCCCGAAGAAAUUCCAAGGGGAGCACUGUGAGAUAGACACAGCAAAAACCUGCUAUGACGGGAACGGUCACUCUUACCGAGGAAAGGCCAACACUGACACCAAUGGACGGCCCUGCCUGGCCUGGCACUCUGCCACUGUCCUUCUGCAAAAGUUCCAUGCCCACAGAUCUGAUGCUGUCCAGUUGGGCCUGGGGAAACACAAUUACUGCAGGAACCCCAACAACCAGAGGUGGCCUUGGUGCUACGUGCAGAUUGGUCUAAAGCAGUUUGUGCAGGAGUGCAUGGUGCCCGACUGCUCUCUUGGAAAAAGGCCCCUUUCUCCCCCCGAACAGCAAGAGUUCCAGUGUGGCCAGAAGGCUCUGAGGCCCCGCUUUAAGAUUGUGGGCGGAGAGUUCACCACCAUCGAGGACCAGCCCUGGUUUGCAGCCAUUUACAAGAAGAACCGGGGAGGCUCUACCACCUACGUGUGCGGGGGCAGCCUCAUCGCGCCCUGCUGGGUGGUUAGCGCCACCCACUGCUUCAUCAACCACCCGGUCAAGGAGGACUACAUAGUGUACCUGGGCCGGUCGGGGCUCAGCUCCCCUACCCCUGGGGAGAUGAAGUUUGAGGUGGAGCAGCUGAUCCUGCACGAGGACUACAGCGCUGAGACCCUGGCGCACCACAAUGACAUUGCCCUGCUGAAGAUCCGCACCAGUGACGGUCAGUGUGCACAGCCGUCCCGAUCCAUACAGACCAUCUGCCUGCCCUCCCAGUACAGCGAUCCCCGUUUCGGCACAGGCUGCGAGAUCACGGGCUUUGGACAAGAGAAUGUUACUGACUAUCUCUAUUCAGAACGCCUGAAAAUGACCGUGGUGAGGUUGAUUUCCUACCAGGAGUGUCAGCAGCCCCACUACUAUGGCUCGGAAAUCACCCCCAAAAUGUUGUGUGCUGCUGACCCGCAGUGGGAAACAGAUUCCUGCCAGGGAGACUCCGGAGGGCCCCUGGUCUGCCUCAUCCAUGGCCGCCGGACUCUGACCGGGAUUGUGAGCUGGGGCCGCGGGUGUGCCAUGAAGAACAAGCCGGGCGUCUACACCAGGGUCUCUCGCUUCCUGCCCUGGAUCCGCGCUCACACUGGGGAAGACAAUGGUCUCGGCCUCUAGGACGCCUAGGGAGCCGAGGGAGGAACGAAACAGCCGACCGUUCCCAUGCUGACCAUUUCUGCCGGGAGCUGUCUCCAUCCGCUGAAGGAAGAGACAGGACGGUGGGCUCUGCGGAGGUGGCUUGGCGUGCGCCGCCCACCGGCGUGAGGACAAUCGCUUUACCCUCAGACCCGAGCUGGGUGCUGGCCGCCCAGACGCCCCUGGCCAGAUGAAGAGGUGGUCUUGACUCAGCAUAACACUGACCAGUAACUGACCUUUUCUGGACGAAAGCCUCCUGCCCUGGCGCCUGUGCGCGGUGGGACGAGAACUGGCGC